GGUUAGUGGUGCGCGGUUCAAUCAUGCCGGCGGGCCUGUAGCUGUGUUUACACUGAGUUUAAACUUUCUAUUUGUUCCUAUUUAGCAGAACUUAGCUGUGACAUCGCCUUCGGCAUGAAUACUACGUCAGAAGAAGAAAAGAAGAGGCUAUUAGAGGAGCUGAGCAGCUGCACUGCCCGUCUCCUGACAAUCUCGGAGCAGAGCUGUCGGCUGAAACACACAAAACGCACGAACUACCUCUCGUGGCAAGACUACUUCAUGUCCUCAGCUUACUUGGCAGCCAUGCGCAGCAAGGACCCAAACACGCAGGUUGGCUGCGUGAUUGUGAAUGAAGAAAACAGGAUCGUCGGAGCCGGGUACAAUGGAAUGCCCAACGGGCUCAGCGAUGACGAAAUGCCUUGGGGCAAAUCAAGUGAUUCGCCAGUUGAUACCAAGUAUCUGUAUGUCUGCCAUGCUGAGAUGAAUGCCAUUUUUAACCGCAACUGCUUUGAAUUGCGUGGCUGCACGCUCUACACUACACACUUUCCAUGCAACGAGUGUGCCAAAAUGGUGGUCCAGUCUGGAAUUCGGCAGGUGGUCUUCCUCUGCGACAAGCACCCCGAAGACCCAACCUACGUUGCAUCCAGACUCAUUCUCACAAAAGCUGGUGUUAACUUCAGGCAGCAUGUUCCCGAAACAAAGAAGAUAGUAAUUGACUUUGAGCAAUUGGCUGCCUUCAAAGUCUGACUGUUGCACUGUUAUCUCAUCAACACUACGAAAUGAAUUUAGCCAUGACGUGAAGUGAGAUAUUAAAAUACUCUGAAACUUUAUAACAGGA